AUGGUUGAUAAUGAGAAGCAGAUAGAGCAGCAGCAGCAAAGGCAACCACAGCAUCCAGAGCAGCCACAACAACCACAACAGCCACUACAACAUCCACCAACUAAACCACCAAUCAACCACUCAGUUACCCUGCCAGACGCCAACUUCGCACGACAAUCCUCCAUUAAACGCAACAGAUCCAUUAACCGCAAGUCUUCCGCAGGCAGUCUCUAUCCAACGCCGACGAAUGACAGCUUGAAGGGGCUACGCAGGGAUAGUGUGCCAUUGCCGAGUGUCGGGGCUGAGCUAGCCGGCGCCACUGACCUAGUCCUCCCCCCCGACAUCGCAUUCGGCAAAGACGUCGAACGCGGCAGCCACAGCGACAUUGGCGAGGAUGCCGAGGAGGUUAUUGAGGAGGAGAAGAGUGAUCCAUUCAUGAUCGACAAGUUCGACGAUGGUGAUACGCGCAAUCCCAAAAACUGGAACACUAAUUAUCGCUGGCUCCUAACCUUCAUUGCUGGCCUACUCGUCCUCAACUCCACCUUCUCAAGUAGUGCACCGUCGGGCAUCUCACAAGAACUAAUGGCCGAGUUUGGUUUCUCCCGCGAGGUCGCUACUCUCGCCGUUAGUCUCUUCGUCGCGGGUUACACUGUCGGUCCCCUUCUCUGGGGCCCUCUCUCGGAAACCACCCUUGGGCGUAAAAAUGGCAUGCUGAUGGCUUUCAUUCCUUAUACCUUACUUACUAUCGGUUGCGCGCUCUCACCCAACACCGGCUCUAUUCUUGUGUUUCGUUUCCUUACAGGUUGUUUCGGUGCAUCGCCGCUGGUUGUCUGCGGUGCUGUCAUCAGUGACCUCUGGGACCCCAAGACACGCGGAAUUGCCAUGUCUGUUUUCGCUCUCGCCCCCUUCGCCGGCCCCGCCAUAGCCCCCGUCAUAUCAGGCUUUAUAGCUGCAGCGGGCGCUGACUGGCGCAUACUCUUUUGGGCUCUCUUUGCUUUCGCCGGCUUCUGCACUCUUCUCCUGGGAUUAGUCUUGCCCGAGACAUACGCUCCUGCCCUCCUAGCACGCAUUGCCAAGCAGAAGCGUAAGGAGACGGGCGAUGACAGGUACAAAUCUCCGCUCGACCUCCGCAAAACGGAUUUCAAGAGCACCAUCCACAAUACCAUUUUCAAGCCGUUUAUUCUCCUCGCUUAUGAGCCAAUGCUCUCUGCUUUGACACUCUUCAUGAGCUUCGUUUAUGGUAUUCUCUAUCUCCUCUUCGAGUCUUUCCCGUUCGUAUAUGGUGCCCCAGGACACGGUUUCAAUAAGGGCAUACAAGGAUUGAUGUUCCUGCCGCUGUUCAUUGGAGGUUUCAUCGCAUGCACCAUCAAUAUUCUCUACUUUAACCCACAAUACACCAAGGCACUCGAAAAAACCGCCCCUAAGCUGCCUGAUCCAGAGAUGAGACUGUACCCUGGCGCAUUGGGUGGCAUAGUCUUCGCCAUUGCCUUCUUCUGGUUUGGGUGGACUAGCUACCCCAGCAUAUCGUUCUGGUCGCCCCUCAUAGCCACUUCUCUCAUAGGAAUAGGUAUCCUCUUCGUUUUCCUCUCCCUCUUCAACUACAUUAUCGACACGUAUCUUUGGUCAGCAGGUUCGGCACUCGCUGCAAACACUGUUAUUAGAUCCGCUUUCGGCGCUGGAUUCCCACUCUUUGCGGCACAGAUGUUCGAACGCCUCAAUCCCAGAUGGGCAUCGACGUUGUUGGGAUGUCUCGCCAUUCUCUUGUCUUUUAUUCCGUUCGGACUGAUCAAAUUUGGACCUAAGCUGCGCUCCAUGUCCAAGUUCGCGCCAGACACUUGA